CGACAAACGUUGGCGUAUGUACGAGAUACUGGACCGUUAUAAAGGCAGACGGUCCUCACCGAAGAAGGCACUCGGGCGUCAAGGCGAAAGCAUAUGGUCAUCGCCUAAACCAUGCAAGCACAGCAUAUGUGACACUUACGGGGCCAUGGAACCCUUCAAGGUGGCUUCUUUGAGCGCCGAGCACCGGGCUCGUCGAUAAAGGAGGAGGCAACCGAAAGCUUUCGCAGCCCUGCUUAUUCGCCAGUUCGCUUCUAACCAGAUUAUGACGGAUGAUGGCAGCCAGGUAUAGGAGUUCUCCGGUCAUAGGUUUUACCGUAUGUCUCGGGCGCCGGUCGCGGACUGCCUAGGAUUGGAGCCGGGCAGUGCUCAUCCUCCGCAGGUACCUUUGCAAGGAACAUGGGGGUUGUAUCUGCAACCGUCCGACCAGGCCCAAGCAGCAACAAGAACGCUAGUGGAGAAGCCUGGCGGUCCUAAAGCGCUUGCCGGUGCGGGUCCUGAGCCCCUUGUGCCGUACAACCACAGGACCCAUGCCGCGGUUACAGGACAGGCACACCACACGGCGCCGCUGCCAGUUCUAUCCAUGGACCUCCCACUCUCGAGCGAAAGCAGCAGUGUCUUCAGCCGCAGCCUGAGCAUUGGAGAGUCCCUCACAGGGCCCCUUACAUUCCAGGGCUCGAAUACCAACACGCUGUGCCCUCCAGGCGACGAGCACACCCUUUCACUGCUGCAGAGCCUUAUGCAUGCGCCAACUCAGCCACCUGCUGUGAGGGCGCCGCAUGCUGCAUCCGUACAAGACACGCCCAAGAAUGGUCAGGUGACCGCUGAGCACAAGCCUGGAACUUUCCCGCGUGCCGCUGCUCCGGGCGCACCAAAUCAAGCGGACCAAGCAACUCCAUACGCUCAGCCUUUUAGCAGCGGCCAUGGUUAUGGUGCUGGCGGCCCCGCCGCUGCCCCGCAGCUGUGCGCUUCAACAGGAAGGCGUGCGGAGCCCUUUUCGGAUCCCGGAUCCACCUCCUCGCACGGGAGCAUGCUCGGCGCACCCCUGUCCACAACCGCAAGCCUUCGCCCAGACGUACCUCUGCUCGGCAAGACCCUCGCCGCCACCGCCAAGCUGCCCCUCGACGUGCUUGCAAUGCUGCCGCCCCUCGUUGUCCAACCGCUCGAUGUUGGUAUGCUGGCCAGCAUGCAGCCACCGCCGCAGCCGCCGCCGCUGCUGCCGGUCCCGCAGGACUACCGAGAGGCACUCCUAUAUGCUGCUGCGGGGCAUCCGCAACUGCAGGGCUUGCAUGGCCUGCAGUGGCAGCAGUUGCUAUUCAAGGCAGGCCAGGCGAUGUUCAAAAGCGGCGGUUUGCCCAUGGAACAUAAUGCAGCUACUGCUACGGCUGCUGCGGCUGCGGCUGUUGCUGCGGCGGCGGCGCUUCCUGGCUUGGGACCGGGUGGGCUAGCAUUGGUCGGCAACACCGGGAGCUCGCUGCAGCCCCGUACGGCUGUGGAACCAAAUGGCCCACAUGGGGGCGAGGAUGCUGUCAGGCAGGGCGCGCAACCGGCUGGGCUGCCGGGUCCAGCUGGGUCCCUGGUCAGUUCGGUUGGCGAUGGCGAUGCACGUCUGAAAGGCUCGCCGGUGAAACGGCCUGCUGGGGUGAUGGAGCGAGCUGCUACUGCUGCGCUGGACCCGGACCUUCAUCCUGAAGAAAAGGGCACUCAAGAUCUGCGCCAGAUCGGACGUGAGGGCGGCGCCGAAGAGGAAUUGGGAGAAGAUGAAGAGGAAGACGAAGACGAGGUCUCCACGGGAAGCGGUGUGGACACGCGCCAGCAGCGGAAUCGGAAGCGCAGGGCGCCGCCGCGUCGCGCCGGUCGAGGCGCAAAGAAGGAAAACUGUCGUGAGCGCAACCGCACCGCGCAACGCCGGUUCCGUGAGCGGCAAAAGGACAUGAUUCGGUCGCUGCAAGAAACGGUGCAGCAGCAGGGGAGCCUCAUCCGCGAGUUGAAGCGGCGUCUGUCGGCAUACGAAGAGGUCGGAGACCCAGAGGAGGCAGAACAGUGAGGGCUGCAAUCUUUUGGUAUCAACAUCUUUAAGGCGAGGUACAACAAUCGAACAAGGUAUGAAGCGGAACAAGACAUGCGGCGGCAUUACAUUCGUAACGCAGGUGACAUUUACGCUCGACGGUAAAGAGGGAGUGAAAGGCUGAUUAGGAAGGCCUUGCAAGUCCAUAAGGUGUGCGUGUACGACUACGGUAUGCUAUGGUGAUCUAUGGUCAUCUAUGGUAGGGUUAUGGUGCAGCGUGGUAUUGAUAUGCAGUGGGUGUGGAAAACUGAGAACUUGUAUGAACUGAUAGGUGCCAGCUACACGGUGGAUGAACCUGCACUGUGCCUUGGACGCUGGGUGUGAAGGGGCUAAUGAAGAGGACCGGCAGGGCGCUUGCCUUCCCCGGAAAUUGGCCCGUGGCUACAGUUCGGUGUUUGCCUUCAUCCGGCAUUGUGAUCCUGAAGUCCUCGUGCACGUGCAGUCCCCCACCGUCGGCUUCGCUGGCUAGGAUUGCACGUCGUAUCACAACGACGUAGCUCUGAACUGAAUCUUUACUUUGUCAUAGGCGUGAAACUUUUAUCGCUGGGGCGUGGGAGCGGGAGGGAGGGUGUCGUUAGCGAUUCGGGGCGGUCUUUGUUGGCCAUUACAUUUGGGAUGCGGCAUGCUCGUAAGAGGUACGGUAAAAGGUUGAGGACCAGGAUAGUGAGGCAUGAGAGGCGUGAUUGCAACUCUCUUGCUAAUGGCUACCGUUUGAACGCCUCUUUAUGAACGCCUCCUUGAACAUUGCUCGGUUCAUGUUAUGUGCCUUAUAUAUUAUGCGCUUGCGUGCUUAUUCGGGUGCAUAACGGUGUGAGCUAUAGGCUUGGAUGUAAUCCGAUAUCCGAAAGACAAGACAAGAGGCGGAUACUGGGUACUGGUGGAUUGUAGUGGGCACACGCAAUGUUGGGUUGUGGGCCCCGUUCCUUCCGUGUAUGUAUACAUUGUUUGUGGUGAUGUUCUUUCAUGCCCUAAAAUUAUUUGGCUUGGGACGUGGUCUGUGCUGCUAAUGGGCCGAUCAAUUUGAUUGUACGGCAAGUUAUACUUGCCGUUCACGUCAUCUUGAGCUGUGCAGUACAGUGCCGUCUUUGUCAUGCCAAAACCCACACUCGGUCCAGGGAAGAGCGUCCGCGCCCGCCCAGCCUUGAGCCGUCUGUACCUUUAAUUGCCAAAUAAUUUUUGUAGGGUGUAGUUGUCACCUUGCCUCAAGUGACUAACAUGGUGGAAAUAAGUGAGGUAAUGUUGGCUUUGGGUUCGUACCCCGUCGUAAGCGAUGUAGUACAGUGCUGUGCUUUGUGGUGUCGUACAUCUUAUCCUGUACAGGAGAUGGGGACAUCUUACCCGUGUACGGCAUAGAAGGUCACCUCUAGCCGACCCCCAUUGCUAGUCCUAGAACCCUGUCUAUGGCCUUUGUUUUCCAAGUGGAAGUUCUGUUUUGGCUGUUCUUUCACUGAGCCGCUCUGAGGUCGUCUUGCAAUGUGCUUGCUUGGUUUGCCAAGGGGGCUCCAUUUCUUGGCGUACAAUGAGGCGUGUGUUAUGUGGAUCUAUGAUGGCCGUGGCUGUGGCAGUAACGACUUGUAUUGUUUGUCGAUCUUUGUAGUUUAAGUUUCCCAGGGGAGGCUUUGCGUUUUGCUCAAGAGGUAGGUACCUGCAGUGUACACAGACGGCAUGCCGUGGGUGUUGCAGCGGCUUCAAAGCGUCGUUAAUGAGAACGCCGGCAAACCCAUAACACACUAUACAAUGUAACAUCAGGGGUUCA